UAACGACACACAUCUCUCUCUCUUUCUCUGUCUCUGGGUUUUAAUUUGUGUGUCUGUCAUAUACGUGGUGGGACAUGGCCACCACGGCAGCCGGCAUCUUCUCUGUCGUCGUAGCAUUGUGUUGCGUUGUGCCGAGCUUGGGCACUGUUUACACCGUUGGAGACGAGACAGGUUGGACGACGAAUGUGGACUAUAGCUCAUGGACCAAAGGGAAGACAUUUGCUGUGGGAGAUUCCCUCGUAUUUAAUUAUGCAGGAGGAGGUCACACGGUGGAUGAAGUGAGCCAAAGUGACUACACCAGCUGCACAGUGGGCAACGCUAUUAGCUCGGACAGCAGUGGGAAGUCGACGUACACGCUUAAGACAACCGGAACUCAUUACUUCAUCUGUGGAGUGCUGGGCCACUGCGGGAAUGGAAUGAAGCUAGCAGUGACUGUGGGGGAUGGAGCAACCCCAACACCAUCUACCUCCACCACCACUCCGACAUCGCCUUCUACUACAACCACCACCACCACCACGCCCACUACCACCUCCACUACUACUUCUGCUUCUUCUUCCACCUUCCUUUCUCCAUCCAUCGCUAUCUUACUCACCUGGCUGGGAUUGCUCAAGCUGCUUCUCUCCUAGGUUAGCCCACGCUACACAUUCUAGCCAGGAAGGAGGCAGUGCUCUCUCUCUUUCUCUUUCUCUCUCAUUAGAUCUGAGUUUACUGUUGCAACCGAGGAAUGUUUGUAUUGUAGUUUCCUUUAAUAAUUGAAAUGAAUUGAUGAGGAGAUGAUGUUAAUCAAGGGUAAUCCAAUAGUGGUAUGAUUAUGACUUUAUGAGUGCUUGGUGAAAAAGUAUUUAUUUC